AUGCAAAGUGCAUCGAGUUCCGUUGAUUCAGCUGGAAGUCUACUAAUUGGACGCCAUGUUCUUGUUUCACGUAGAGAUCGAGAAAAUCGUCUUUAUUUGGGAGUUAUCAAGACACAGAAAAAAGACAAACGCUUCGGUGUAGUGUUUUGUAUUCCUUAUGAUGGAUAUGGAAAUGACGUCGGAUUAGAUUAUUGCAUGCAGGAAGUGGACAUCAACGACAUUCUCUCUUAUACCGACCUUUAUCGUCAUUCCAUCUGCGAAAAUGAUGACGUUUUAGUUCCUGCAAUUCUUUUAGAGUCGCAGAGUGCAGGCACUUCUUUACAAGUCGAUCCGCCAUUCGCUGGACAUCCUUAUGUUCUUGCAGUUGUGCACAAUGGAUUUGAACCCAGAUCGUCUCGCAUUACUGAGUCACCUGGUCCUAAGACUUCAAAAUUAGUUGUGAAAUUGGCGGGAGGCAGAAAGCCGCUUCUGUAUGAUAUUCCCACUGGCUGUGCACUGUGGAUAUCAGAGAAACAGGCUCGUCAACUCUACAAUCAAGGUUGUCACUUCUUUGAUCAGCGGAAUAUUGACAUGAAAGAUUCUAGCCCUCAUCAGGCGGAAUAUGAUUCACCAUGCAUGCAUGGUGCUCCUACCUCGCCAAGUCACGUUUGUAUUGGCGACGUUGAGAGUCAACACUCGACCAAGAGUUUUGAAGACUUCCGAAGAAGCAUAUCAACCACUUCAUCCAUGCGUAGAAGAGAUCCAUUAAUCUUCCGGAUACCCGACAGCCAAUGUGAGAAUUGGAAGACUAAGGGUUGA